AUGGAUACUGCCAUGUCGUUUAGGGUGGUUCGUAGUUCAAAAUUCCGCCAUGUUUAUGGCCAAGCCUUAAAAAGAGAACAGUGUUAUGAUAACAUAAGAGUGUCUAAAAGUUCUUGGGAUUCAACAUUUUGUGCAGUGAACCCAAAAUUCUUGGCGAUCAUUGUCGAGUCAGCCGGUGGCGGUGCUUUCAUAGUCCUACCUCAUAAUAAGGUGGGCCGCAUCCCUGCCGACCAUCCACUAGUGGGCGGACACAAAGGUCCGGUGCUGGAUAUCGCGUGGUGUCCGCACAACGACAAUGUCAUCGCCAGCGGCUCCGAAGAUUGUGUCGUCAAGGUGUGGCAGAUCCCAGAUGGUGGUAUAUCCCGAACGUUGACCGAGCCAGUGGUCGAUCUAGUGUACCACCAGCGCCGUGUGGGCCUCGUGCUGUGGCAUCCCACCGCACAAAACGUCCUCCUGACGGCGGGCUCCGACAACCAGAUUGCGAUAUGGAACGUGGGCACCGGAGAGGUUCUCAUCAGUUUGGACUGUCACCCGGACCUCAUUUACUCGGCUUGCUGGAACUGGACUGGCAGUAAGCUGGUCACCACUUGUCGGGAUAAGAAAAUCAGAAUCAUAGAUCCGCGCAAAGGAGAAGUCGAGUCGGAGGCGAUAGCCCACGAAGGAAGCAAAGCGUCCCGAGCGAUAUUCCUCAAACACGGCCUCGUUUUUACUACUGGUUUCAGCCGCAUGUCCGAGCGCCAGUACACGCUGCGCACGCCCGACGCCCUCAGCGAGCCCAUCGUGUCCGUGGAGAUCGACACGAGCAACGGCGUCAUGUUCCCACUCUACGACCCCGACACCAACCUCAUCUACCUCUGCGGCAAGGGCGACUCCGUCAUCAGAUACUUCGAGGUCACACCUGAGCCACCCUUCGUCCACUACAUCAACACCUUCCAGACACCGGACCCUCAAAGAGGUAUCGGCAUGAUGCCGAAACGCGGUUGCGACGUCGCGACGUGUGAAAUCGCCAAGUUUUAUAGGCUGAAUAAUUCUGGACUCUGCCAAGUAGUAUCGAUGACUGUGCCUCGUAAAUCGGAACUGUUCCAAGAAGACUUGUACCCUGACACCCUUUCUGAUGAAGCGAGCUUAACAGCAGACGAAUGGCUCGCCGGAGAAGAUGCAGAGCCCUGCACUAUGUCACUGAAGGAACGCGCGCUUGUCGUCCAGGGGGGGUACGUGAGCGGCCGAGCUCAGCAGCUGACGGUCACCAAGCGGACCAACGCUCUCGCCACCGGCAAGGACAGGGAAAAGGAAAGGGAACGAGAGCGGAGACGCGACGAAGAGGACAAGGAUAACAGGUCGCCGACACCGGCCGCCAGGGUGGACAGUCACGGCGGAACGCCCGCCUCGGCUACCCCUCCGCCGGCAUUGAACGCUCUGGUUGAGAAGCAACUGUCCGAUCUGGUCGACGAGAUCCGAAAACUGAAGUCGGUGAUCGUGAAGCAGGAGAACCGCAUUCGCGCGCUGGAGGCCACGGUCAAGUCCCUCAUUCCGCCGACGCCCGCGCCCCCCGCGGACCAGCCGGACCACAACCACGAGGAGAACAUGGCGCCCGACGAAGUGUGA